AUGGGGUCGUUGAAUCGUCUGAGAUCCGCUCAUCAGGCGGAUAUCAAGGGUAAAGGGAUCCUCUAUGAGGAUGAUGAUGCACCCAUUAAGCUGGUGGAUCGCGAUGAUUCUUUUGUAAUCAAGGAGUUUGGUUUGGCUCUCAUUGGCAAGAUUCUUAAUCCAAAGAAGCAGAAUGUUGAGAAGCUGUUGCAAACAAUGCCUUCUCAAUGGGGUUUGUCUGAGAGAAUUACCGCAAGUGAUCUAGGGAAUGGGAAGUUUUUAUUAAACUUCAUGACUGAGGAGGACCUGAACUCGGUGCUGAGACGAGGCCCAUUCCACUAUAACUUCUGUAUGUUCGUUCUGGUGCGUUGGGAACCCAUUGUACACGAUGAUUAUCCAUGGAUUAUUCCUUUUUGGGUACAGCUCAUUGGCUUCCCCCUUCACCUUUGGACUGAUGCGAAUCUAAGAAACAUAGGAGGGAGAAUUGGCCAUGUCGAUACUCUGGAGCUAACUGAAGGCCGCAUGCUUAUCGAUGUUGAUUCACGCCGUCCGCUGAAAUUCUCUAGAAAAGUGGAAUACGAGGGUGACGAGGUCACGAUUGAAAUAAAGUAUGAUAAGUUAUUCAAACACUGCACCACAUGUGGCCUGUUAUCUCAUGAGAAGGGAUAUUGUCCCAAUGUUGACGUUCGAUCAAGGCUACAACAUGUGGAAAGACCUGUGUUCUCGCGACUGCAGCAGAAUCAAGAUGUGUCUCGUCAAAACUGGGGGAGGGACGCUCUGGCAAAUACUAGAGCUACUCAGCAAUCUUCGUUGCAGAGUAGAGGUAUUCAAUCCUCGCAGUACUAUACGUCCAAACCCUUAAGGUCUGAUGACAUGAGUACUUUGGGACAGGCAGCUCGAUAUUGGGAGGAUGAUAGCAGCCGUGGACGUCAUUCUGAUAGGAUUAUCCGUAGCAGAGAUGAUCACUCAAGGAGAAGUAGAUAUGGUGGGGCACGGGGUGCAGGUCCUUAUGCGCGCCCAAGUGAGAAGAUAUAG